UCCUUUCGCUUAUGGCAAAUAUACUGGGUGUCAGCGAGUUAAAGCUCCAUCAACACUCAGCUGCAGCUGUGGAGAGUAACUCAGUACCAAAGCUGCCCAGAAGAGCGCCCCGGCCACCGGCGGAGUCAAGAAGCCUCAUCGUUACAGACCUGUUCUGUUAUCAUGAUCUCUGACAGUGAAGUGACAUAAACACAUCAUAUAAAACACAGGAACUCACCUGUGUCUGCAGGUAACAGGUGGUUUCACAAAACAAACUCUAGACAUGAGACAGAAGAAACACACACCUUCUCUUUUCUUCAUAUUAUCAUCAGUUAAUAUGUGAAUAUUGUUUUAGAUUGUUGUAUGAAGAUGUAGGUUUGUAUGUUAUCGUGCCUCUUUCUCUUACUGUUGCAGUGUAAAUGACCUGUAAUUAUGAAGCUGUGGAUCAUGAAACAGUGUGUCUCAGCUUCAGUGUGUUAAUGUGACGUGUUUAAUGGGAGGAGACAGCAGCAGGUUAUAACACACAGCUGAUGUAGAAAUGAAAGUGUUCACUGACUGAACUGCAGCAGAGACUCUACUACUGACUGUUAGACACCAACAUGGGCAACAACUACUCUGAUCUCAAGAAUGAGGACCUGGAGGAGCUAAAGGAGCUGGAGGUCCUGGAGGACCUGGAGGAGCUGGAGGACCUACAGGAACCAGACCUCAGGAUUGUUCUUGUUGGGAAAACUGGAUCUGGGAAAAGUGCAACAGGAAACACCAUCUUAAGAAAGAAGGCUUUUCUAUCUAAAGCAUGUCCUCACACAGUGACAACAGAAUGUCAGAAGAAACAAGGAGAGUUUGAGGGUAAAACUCUGGCUGUUGUUGAUACUCCAGGUCUGUUUGACACCGGUAGAGACGGAGAUGAAGACAAAGAGAGGGUGAAGAUAGAAAUGGCUAGAUCCAUCUCAUUAGCUUCUCCUGGUCCUCAUGUGUUCCUGAUUGUGAUCCAGGCUGGCAGAUUCACAAAAGAAGAACAAGACACAGUGAAAAUCAUUCAGAAGGUGUUUGAAGAAAAGGCAGCAGGUUACACCAUGGUGCUGUUCACACGUGGAGACGAUCUGGAGGUGGAUGGAGUCUCCAUAGAUGAUUUCAUUGGUCAAAAUCCAGAUCUUCAGAACGUCAUCAGUCAGUGUGAUGGAGGACACCAUGUGUUCAACAACAGAGACAACGAUCCUUCUCAAGUCCAUGAGCUGCUGAAGAAGAUCGCCGCAAUGGUUCAGAGAAAUGGAGGAAGUUACUACACCAAUAAACUGCUCCAACAGGCUGAGAGAGCCAUAAGACAAGAGAUGAAACGUCUUAAGAGAAAAUAUCCACAUAUGACGCUUGAAGAGGCCAGAAGACAGGCGGAGAGAAAAAACUGGUUUAUACGGGCCAUUGCACUGGCUGCUCCUGCUGGAGUAGCUGUUGGGGUAGGUGUUGGAAUAGGCAUUGAAGUAGCUGUUGCAGCAGAAAUUGGAGCAGCUGUUGGACUUGUGGGAGGUCCAAUUGGAGCUGCAGUUGGAGGCUUAGUGGGAGCUGCAGUGGGAGCUGCAGUGGCAGCUAUAGCUGUAGCAGUGAAGAAGAAGAAGGAGGCUGAUGCAGCAGCAGCUUCCAGCCGUAAUAAACUGGAGCUGAAGGAAAACUAAUGAUGGAAACAGAGUGUAACUUUAGUUUGAUCUUGUUUGUUUGUUCUGCUUCUUCACUGAAUGUAUGGUCUUUACCAGCAGGUAGCUUUCUGCUAAUGUUAGACAUGAUGAGCAUUUUAGUUUCACUGAUCAGUAGUCAUUAUUCAUCAUGGGACUGAUGGGAACUUUCAACUCUUUAGUCCAGAACAAUCCACAGGUCAGAUUGUGUAACAUGUGCUGCUCUUGAUUUGCUUGAAUGAUGCAUGAUGGAUGAAAAAGGUGAAAGGUUUUAAUAGAGCUUGUUUUCUUGUGCUGUCAGAGGAGGUGUUGGAAAGAAGGAAAGGUUUUGACUGGAAUGAAGCAGUUUGUAGAAAAGCAGUGAGAUGUUUCUGUGUUGAUAAAGUGUGAGCUUUAAAGGUCCAACAACACUGACAUGAUGCUUCAUAUAUCACAUCUACUUUAUCUGUCUGCUAACAUGUUAAUAAACAGAAAUAUGACAAAUGA